AUGCCUGGCACCAACAAUGUACUGAUACCUCACUUUUCUCAUGCUACAUUCAGGCGGAAGAAGAAGAGAUGUGACGCCAAGCGGCCCUAUUGCACGACUUGCGAAGUGGCCGGAAAGCAACAAGAGUGUUUGUACGAAGAGAACGUCCAGCACCAUCUGACUGAGGCUCUCAUCGCUCGUACACUAGAGCUUGAGAAUCGCCUGGCUGUCUAUGAAGGGCAAUCUCAGACGUCGUCUCCAGAGCAGUCAGGCAGAACAUCUCAAGCCGAUGACCCCUCGUCUCUGUCCGUGCUCCCGUCCUCACCACUCCCAUUAGCUCUAGACGGCAGUAGCACACUCGACAUCACGUUUCCAGGUGCUAUAUCGAAUUUAGGAGCAUCCUAUACACCUGAUCUAAUCGAACAAUUCAUGUCAUCAGAAGGAAGUACCCCAUCUUCAACGGCCUCCUCCAGUCGCUCUACACUAAUAUCCUCGCAGGAUUUGACUGACUACCGGGCAACUUUCCUCGCUCACCAUUGCCAGCUCGGUAUCAGCUUGACCGAGCAGAGGCUACAAGCUAUCAUGAAUGGGGACAUGUCCGGAACGUACAUCCAUCCGGUGCUUGUUCACGUCGCGCAAGUCAUCGGGUGUCGCUUCUGGCAGGUCCAACGUCGAAUCGUCAUAAACAGCUCAGUAGAGACCACCUUACUGCAGCAUGUCGAGCAAGCUAUGAGUGACACACCGGCCCCAGUAACACGGCUGCAGGUACAUUGUAUACUGGCCAUUUACUUCCUCCUCAAGCGACAGAUGCGCGAACGCCGGGAGCAGCUCAUGAAAGCCGCACAGGUCACCUUACACAAUAAUAUCAGGUUCGACACCCAUACGGCGGAGGCAUUUGCGUCCCUCGAGAACACCAUCGACGAAGCCCAUGAACAAAUAUGCGCUUUGAGCCAGUUCAUGUACCUCGACAAAGCUGCCGCGAUCGUCCUCAAUGAUCCCUCACUGCUGACUUCCGACUAUGACCAACAACUCAACAUGCUGCCGUACAUGUUCCCGAUCAUGACCAAGAGCAACCUAGUCGUCAUCCGUGCCAGAAGUAUUGCACUCCUCCAGGAAAGUCACAGGCUUGCAGUCAGGUGGACCGAGAUCAUGAUGAACAUGGGGGCAUUCGAUCCGCAGGCCACGCUCAAUGACCAAACGAAGUGGUACGACGAUUACUGGGAGCUAAUGGAGAACGUGCUGGAGCACAUCUCGACGCUCACCGUCAGCACGCUGAAGUCGAGCUUUGGUGGCCAGAGAGAGCUGGCGCUGGCGCUGAAGAUGUGCACGAUCGUAUCGUUGACGGCGGCGGCGGAGUUGCAUCGACUGUUGGCGGGCCACCAUCCAGACUCGCGGACCAAGUGUCUGAACACCGCCCUUGAGAUCAUCAGCAUCACAAAGGAGCUGCGCGACGAUGAUUACCACUUCUUGGACCCCAUAUUAGGCACAUGUUGGUCUAUGAUUGCUGCUCUGCUCGAUCAACAACGACCAUAUGUCGAAGAGCAAUCACAAUUGAAGGCGUCCUACGACAUAAUCCUCAGCUCUGCGAACAAGCUUGGGCUCGCAUUGCCGUACAUGGAGCAUUCGCUCGUCACGAUCAAAAACGUCGCGCCCUCAGACAAUGAGGGUCGGAGUCAAUCAUUUUGA